CAUUGACGUAAAACGUUUUGUCACUUCCUGUUCACGCACGGUCCGUCCCUCAAAUCGUCCGCUGUUCUGGUUAAGAAGGCCAAAUAGCGACAUUUCGCGGCAAAGACGUCAUGGCUGCAACACUGCGCUUACUUUACAGUGUGUCGAGGCCAGGCACUUUUGUGGCCAGCCAGAGUCUUGUGAGGCCCUUCAGUGUUUCUGCACAAAGGGCAGGAUUCAAGUAUGUGAACGCCCAGGAGAUUCCUACAGACAUGAAAUCCAUUACAGACCGAGCUGCUCAGACGCUGCUGUGGACAGAGCUGUUCAGAGGUCUGGGCAUGACGAUGAGCUACCUGUUCAGAGAGCCUGCCACCAUCAACUACCCGUUUGAGAAGGGUCCUCUGUCGCCUCGCUUCAGAGGAGAGCACGCACUGCGCAGGUAUCCUUCAGGAGAGGAGCGCUGCAUCGCCUGCAAGCUGUGUGAAGCUAUCUGCCCGGCCCAGGCUAUCACAAUCGAAGCUGAGUCUCGCACUGACGGCAGCAGGAGGACGACUCGCUACGACAUCGACAUGACCAAAUGCAUCUAUUGUGGCUUUUGUCAGGAGGCGUGUCCUGUGGAUGCCAUCGUAGAGGGCCCUAACUUUGAAUUUUCCACUGAAACCCAUGAAGAGCUGCUCUACAACAAGGAAAAGCUCCUCAACAAUGGAGACAAGUGGGAAGCAGAGAUAGCCGCCAACAUAAAAGCAGACUACCUUUAUCGAUAGUAACCAGAGUUACCCUACACAGUGUACAGAUGCCACUUAAUCUAUCCAACACACACACACACAGUACGUCCAUACUGUACAUAUUGUAAGAAGACAGACUCAGCUGUAGUGGAUGUGCUUCAGGGUUGUAUUUGUAUUUGAUGAUGGAUCCUUCGUUUCCAACAUCCCAUUCUGACAUGAUGAUCAUACUUUGACAUGUUUUAGACUUUUUUUCCACGGCAUCGCAUAUUUAUUAUAGAAUGGAAAGUACCCACUGGCUGUCAGUGUGGCAGCAUGGACCAGUGUGUGUGUGAUCAUCAAUGCAGACCCUGUGGUUUUGUCUUUAUUGUCCCCCUGGCCUAACAGAUGUAAACACUGAGAAAUGCUGUGACACUGAUGGCAGACUUAAUCUUGGUUUGAUUCUAAUGUCCCUCAUAAGUGUACAUGGAUUAUUGUCAUUCUCUCGGGUCUCAGUGAUUCGUUUUAUGGUCUUCAUACUGUAUCCAGCCUGACUCUAAUAAAAUUCUGGGAGAAACGAUAAAA